AUGCAGCAGCAACGGCAGCAGCCGCAGCAGCAGCACCAUUACCAGCAGCAGCAGCAGCCGCACCAGUACCCGCAGCAGCAACAGCAGCAGCAGCCGCAGCAGCAGCAGUAUUAUCAGCAGCAGCCACAGGCAUUCCAACAACCGCAGCAGCAGCAGCAGCACUAUCAACAGGAGCAGCAGCAGCGGCAGCAGCCGCAGCAGCAGCACCAUUACCAGCAGCAGCAACCGUACCAGCAACAGCGGCAGCAGCCGCACCAGUAUCAGCAGCAGCAGCAGCACCAGUACCCGCAGCAGCACGGGGAGGGACCGCUGCAGCACAGUUCAGCAGACAAUCGUUCGCAGCAACCCUUCCCUAGCUCCAGGGACUCGGAGGCAUCUUUCAAUAUGAGCAGCGACGGCUACCUGCAGCAGCAGCAGCGGAGCUUACACCAGCAGCAGCAGCAGCAGCAGCAGCAGCAGCAGCAUAUGAUGAUGAUGCCAGACACCCCGCGGGAGCACCCAGGAAGUACUGUUCUGUCGGGCAAGCGGAGGGCCGUAGAGGCGUCGCAGCCAUCGCAGGCUGACCAGGCGUUGGCUUUAGAAGCCGAGAAGCUGCGGCAGGAGGCGUUUCUGUGCCGCGAUAAAGCGAGCUGCUGCAGCGGAGCGAAGCAGCGGCAGCUGCUGAACCUGGCGCAGCUGAAGGAGCGAAGAGCAGCAGAUGCCAUCGCACAGAUGGAGAACUGCAGGCUGUAUGAACACCAGAGUAAUACCAAUGAUCACUCACAGCAGCAGCAGCAGCAGCAGCAGCAACCCAGCUACCAGCAGCAGCAGCAGCUAGUCGGAAGAAGAGCAGCAGGAGAACACAGGGGUAGAGUUGAUCCCCGUGGGGACUCUGGCAUAUUCGAUCAAUGA